AUGUCUGUAGAACAUUCGCAUGAUUUAGUUAAUAUGGAAUGUUUUGAUGUUACAUAUACUACUGAUAUCAUCCGAAAAAUAGUUGAAGAUAUUCUUAAUAAAAAUCAAUUUAAUUCAGAAAAUAUUGACAAAUGGAGUCGACAGAUAGUUGAUUCAUGUCAAAAAUCUUUAUCAGAAAUCUACAAUUCAUUUAAAACAAUUAUUACUACAAUGAUUAUUCCAAAAAAUGAUGAAAAUAUUCAUAUAGGCAAUGCUUGUUUAUGGGAUUAUCAAAUUGAUGGAAGUACAAUUAUUAAAUGGGAAAACGAUUCGAUGUAUUGUGUUGUGUCAGCAUUUGCAUUAUCAUUAUCAUCUACUAAUUAA